CGUUUGUGUUGUGUAUUGUGUUUAGCUGACUCCUUGCUGGUGUUUCGCUUUACAGAUCCAGACAGACCGUGUCGUAUUUCUGUCUGAUACGCGAGUGAAGUCUUUUUCGGGGCAAGGCUGACCUUUCGUUUUCUUUUUCUGUGGAGCUAACUGCGUGAUCAACAGACUUUCCACUGUAGGAGCGCGUAGGAAAGUACCUAAUCGAAUUUUCAAGGAUCCAGUUCUAGUUGCAUUUACUGCCUUUCCAAUCGAGCGUGAAAGGUUUGCCGAUAUAGUUGUGGUAUCCCACGAGCAAAAGUAUGGCCAUCAAACCCGGUAUCGGACGAAAAUCGUCCACGAAAAAUCCACCCUUUCUAAGCCAUGAAUUCGUGAUUCAAAAUCAUGCCGAUAUAGUGUCCUGCUUCGCAAUGAUUUUCGUCGUUGGAUUGAUGUUGCAAGCUACAAACUCACUGGCAAGUAUUUUCAUUGCCUUGCACCACAACGUUAGUGGUGCCGAUCCGAGCCAUGAGAAUCCGCAAGGAGAGCCAUACUUCUACACAUCCGGCUGGAAGGACGGCUGUGCGGUAUUUUUCUACACGCUAAUCUGCAUCAUCAUGCAUGCCAUCCUGCAGGAGUAUGCUUUGGAUAAAAUCUCCAAAAAGCUUCACUUAUCUAAGUUUAAGCUUUCCCGCUUCAACGAAUCGGGCCAGCUGGUCGUAUUUUACGCGCUAUCAUUCCUGUGGGGCUUCGAUGUGAUCGUCCGCGAGCAGUACCUCGGCAAUAUGGCCAAACUCUGGGAAGGAUACCCCGAUCAUCCAAUGGUGUUUCUGCAUAAGUUGUUCUUCGUCAUUCAGCUGGCGUACUAUUUGCACAUGCUCCCAGAGUUGUACUUCCAGAAGGUGAAAAAGGACGAACAGAAACCGAAGAUUCAGCAUGCACUGGGCGGAUUUUUCCUGAUCGCUACUGCUUACUUCCUUGGAUUCCAACGCAUCGCUCUAGUUUUGCUAACCUUGCACUACUUCUGCGAGUUUAUUGCACACUCCUUGCAGCUGGUUAACAUUUUCGACAAGGAUGAGAAAUUCGUCCGAUUGCGUCUGGUCCACAACGUAGUCUUCAUUCUGACCCGCUUUGCCACGAUGGUGUUGGCAUUCCUUACCCUAUUCUACGGUAUCAACGAAGUGUCGCAGAUGAAGCGCAGCUUCAUGUUGGCCACCAUCUUCGGACUGCAGGGCUAUUUGAUUUUCGACUUCAUCUGGAACGUGCUUCGCUCGAAGCGCGAGCGAUCGGCGGAACACUCCGAACGCCAAGCGAAGGCUGCCGCCGUCAAGAGCGAAAAGUCGAAAAAGGAACGCAAGAAGGAAAGCGAUCUGCCGGAAGCGGAUCAAAAUGCCAUCCAGUCGGUGGCGACCCAGUCGGUGAGCGGCGGCGGAAAGGCAUCGAAGAAAUCAAAAGUCAAAUAAGGCGUGCCGUAAUCGUUGGUAAUUUUUGUUUUUGUCCCUAUGUUCCAUUCGAUGAUCACAUAAAAUCACUCCGUUUUUUGCUACCCUAGAAAACGGAUGAUCGAUAGGAACAAAUAAUUGAGCAAUCCGCAACUAAAAUCCACUAAAACAUUGGCUUUCCACUCUUAUUUUUCUUUUACAAAAGAGCGAUUGAUUAGACGGGUCAUAUUUUGAAUACUUAUUGGCAACUAUUUAGUAGAUUUCUUUAGUAGAAAAAUAGGGACAACAUGAAGGAUCGUACAUUUUUACACGAAUAACGUGAAAUCGAAAGAUGCGUGCUCAAAAAUAAACUAGAAUCGAUUCGCUGACACAACACACUUAACCCAGUAUAGCGUUCAUCGUUCAGCGCGGCGGUUGCGAGACUUGACUGCGAAAUACCAUGGUUUUAUAUGCAUUUACAAAAGCCACUUUGGUUCAGCUUUGUGCGACUUUUUUCCGUUUUUGUGCCGUUCCACGUGCGAAUACAAAUUAUUAUUGCAGAUGAGAGAAAGAAAACAAGAAGUAAGAAAAAACAAAACUUUGAUUGCCUUCCAUUAGAAAACUUAGGGAUUAGUUUAUCUCUUUUAUUACGGGCUAUUACGGAUAUUGAGUUUCAGAAACUACUUUACGGUAUAUACAGCCACUUUUUUUUGUAUGUUCUAAUGCAAUUAUGAAAUAAAAAUUGUCUCAAACUUUA